AUGUCAUUAGGUAAAGAUGUUUAUUGCCAUCCAAGAACACUUCGAAGAGUUGAAGAAGCUAAAAGGAAGGCAAGAUCUGAGCUUAACAAUUUUGGAUGGAAUACACUAAAUUAUGCGGAAACAUUUAAACUACCCCCGGUUAAGGAUAAUAUCGAAAGAGUUGAUGGGGAGAAACUAACAGUAGAAGAGUUUCGCGAGCAUUUUGAGCGUUCAAGGAUUCCUGUUAUUCUAACAGGUCUCACCAAGAAUUGGCAAGCUGAAGAAAAGUGGACUCUUCCGAGGAUUGCGAAAAAAUACAGAAAUCAAAAAUUCAAAUGUGGUGAAGAUGAUGAUGGGUAUUCGGUGAAGCUCAAAAUGAAAUAUUAUCACGAUUAUAUGCUUAAUAAUACCGAUGAUUCGCCGCUUUAUAUUUUUGACAGCGGGUUUGCGGAUAGACAUAAAACGAAACAGCUUCGUGAGGAUUAUGAAGUUCCGAAAUUUUUUACGGAUGACUUGUUUAAUUAUGCGAGCGAGAAAAAGCGUCCGCCGCAUAGAUGGUUUGUGAUGGGACCUGCACGAUCGGGAACCGGAAUUCAUAUUGAUCCACUUGGCACAAGCGCUUGGAAUGCUUUAAUUCGAGGACAUAAGAGGUGGGUGCUUAUUCCUCCGAAUGCGCCAAAAGAGCUUGUGAAACCCAUGUCUCAUGAAAAAGGAAAACAUGGAUCGGAAGGAAUUACGUGGUUCCAAACAGUUUACAAACGAGUCCGCAGUCCUGCCUGGCCCAAGGAAUACCCAAUCAUUGAGUGCCGACAAGGUCCCGGAGAGACUAUGUUUGUACCAAGCGGAUGGUGGCAUGUUGUGAUAAAUGAAGACGACACGAUUGCUGUCACACAAAACUUCUGCUCAGUGGAAAAUUUGCAUAUCGUGUGGCCGAAGACUGUCAGGGGAAGGCCGAAAUUAAGCAAACAAUGGCUUAAAAGACUAACAGAGGAAAGACCAGAAGUUCUCGAUAUUAUUAAUAAAUCUAGCAAUGUUUCGGCAUCGACGAUGUGUUGUUCAUCGAGUGAUUCCUCAAGUUCAAGCUCGUCAUCCGAUGACUCGUCAGAUUCUGGAUGUGAUGGCGAAGACGAUGGACCGUGCUCAAUGGGUCGUAAACGGAAGUACGGAGCGAAUCAUCCGCGGGAAAACCAAUGCGCCGAAAAGAUGCGAGCGGAAAAAGAAAGUCGUGCGUAG